GUUCCCGGUCUGGACCUACGCCUUGGAGCUGGGCGUGUGCCGGGACUCCUUGGCCGCCCACACCUUGGAGCACUUCGGGUGGCCGGCGCGGGCCCUCGGCCGCUUCCAGGCGCUGCUGGCGCCGAACGCGGCGCAGUCGGAGGUGGAGAUCGGCGAGUGG